AAUCCGCGUGACGUCACGAAGUCCCGGAAAGCUGCUCGCCACUCAACUGAGAUCAGAGGCCCGGCAAAUGCUGCGUGACAAGGAUUCGGAACCGUUUCCUGUUCAAGUUGGCGUGUGACAGGAAGUCCCUCUGGCCACAUACAUCACGGCGAGGCUGCAUUCGUUGGUCGAUCUCUGCGGAGGAGGUCAGAGGAGUGACACAUCAAUGCAGCAAGUUGGCACAGUUGGUAACACAGCUGCCAGUUCCUCUGCCACUUUGCUGUACAGAAUUGGUCAGAUGGAGCGAAGACAAUCAGCGGGAGAGAAACCAUUCAAGUGCACUGUGUGUGGGAAGGCGUUUGCAUAUCCAUCACAUCUUCAGGUCCACCAGAGAACACACACGGGAGAGAAACCGUUCAAGUGCACUGCGUGUGGGAAAGCAUUUCCACGGUUAUCAAAUCUUCAGGGCCACCAGAGAACACACACGGGAGAGAAACCCUUCAAGUGCACUGUGUGUGGGAAGGCGUUUGCAGAUUCAUCACCUCUUAAAAGACACCAGAGAAUACACACAGGAGAAACACCCUUCAAGUGCAUUGUGUGUGGGAUGGCCUUUUCACAGUCAUCAAAUCUUAAAGAACACCAGACUACACACACAGGAGAAAAACCCUUCAAGUGUACUUUGUGUGGAAAGGCAUUUGCACGGUCAUCAAUUCUUCAGGGCCACCAGAGAACACACACGGGAGAGAAACCCUUCAAGUGCACUGUGUGUGGGAAGGCAUUUGCAGAAUCAUCACAUCUCAAAAUACACCAGAGAAGUCACACAGGAGAGACACCCUUUAAGUGCACUGUUUGUGGGAAGGCCUUUGCAAAGUCAUCCCAUCUUAAAACACACCAGAAAACACACACGGGAGAGAAACCCUUCAAGUGCACUGUGUGUGGGAAGGCGUUUGCAGAUUCAUCAAAUCUUCAGGUCCACCAGAGAACACACACGGGAGAGAAACCCUUCAAGUGCACUGCGUGUGGGAAGGCAUUUGCACGGUCAUCAAAUCUUCAGGGCCACCAGAGAACACACACGGGAGAGAAACCCUUCAAGUGCACUGUGUGUGGGAAGGCGUUUGCAGAUUCCUCACCUCUUAAAAGACACCAGAGAAUACACACAGGAGAAAAACGCUUCAAGUGUACUGUGUGUGGGAAGACGUUUGCAGAUUCAUCACCUCUUAAAAGACACCAGAGAACGCACACAGGAGAAAAACCCUUAAAGUUCACUGUAUAUGGGGGGAAGGGUUUUCGACAGUUAGGGGAUCGAAACAAGCAUCAAACCAUUCAUCAGAAAAUUAAUCUGAAAUCGGCUUGUGAAAGUCAAAGUGCUGCAAUGAGUCCAUUCCUCAUGAAACAAGAACCAGAAAAACAUUUGAGAUAUGAAACGUGGCCAGGAUUGAAGGCGAAAUGUCAAGAAGUGAAAAUUAAAUUUGAAUCGGUGAAGGUGAAAAGUGAAGUGAUGGUAAAGAGUGAAGAAGUGAUAGUGAAAUGUGAGGAUGAAGAUUCAACUCCAAAAUCUGACCUUCACGUCGAUGGAGACAGCGUGAAGCUGGAGGAGACUAGGGACUCUGAGGCAGAGCGAGGCAACUCCCAGAAAUUUGUGGAUGUGGAGGUGUGGGUGGAUUUUUUAGACAAUACUGAGUCAAAUGGAGACCAAGUCGAUGUGUAUGAAUUCCCUCUGGCCACAUACAUUACGGGCUUCGCCUCGUCGUUGCUCAACUUCCGUGCUCUCCGCCCAUCCUCCAAGAGGGCUCCUGCUGUGAGCUGCUCGUCGCUGGCUGGGUCACUCACUCUCAAAACUUCUGCCAGUUCCUCUGCCACUUUGCUGUACAGAAUUGGUCAGAUGGAGCGAAGACAAUCAGCAGGAGAGAAACCAUUCAAGUGCACUGUGUGUGUGAAGGUCUUUGCACAAUCAUCAAAUCUUAAAAGACACCAGAGAAUACACACAGGAGAAACACCCUUCAAGUGCACUGUGUGUGGGAAGGCAUUUGCAAUGUCAUCACAUCUUAUAAUACACCAGAGAAGUCACACAGGAGAAACACCCUUCAUGUGCACUGUGUGUGGGAAGGCCUUUACACAGUCAUCAAAUCUUAAAAGACACCAGAGAAUACACACAGGAGAAACACCCUUCAAGUGCACUGUGUGUGGGAAGGCAUUUGCACAUUCACCAAAUCUUAAAACUCACCAGAGAAUACACACAGGGGAAACACCCUUCAAGUGCACUGUGUGUGGGAAUGUGUUUGCACGUGCAUCGCAUCUUAAAACACACCAGAGAAUACACACAGGAGAAAGACCCUUCAAGUGCACUGUGUGUGGGAAGGCGUUUGCAUAUUCAUCACAUCUUAAAACACAUCAGAGAAUACACACAGGAGAAACGCCCUUCAAGUGCACUGUGUGUGGGAAGGCGUUUGCACGUUCAUCACAUCUUAAAACACACCAGAGAAUACACACAGGAGAAACGCCCUUCAAGUGCACUGUGUGUGGGAAGGCGUUUGCAGAUUUAUCACAUCUUAAAACACACCAGAGAAUACACACAGGAGAAAUGCCCUUCAAGUGCACUGUGUGUGAGAAGGCGUUUGCACUUUCAUCACAUUUUUAUAGACACCAGACAAUACACACAGGAGAAACGCCCUUCAAGUGCACUGUGUGUGGGAAGGCGUUUGCACGUUCAUCAUAUCUUAAAAUACACCAGAGAACACACACAGGCGAAACGCCCUUCAAGUGCACUGUGUGUGGGAAGGCGUUUGCACGUUCAUCAUAUCUUAAAAUGCACCAGAGAACACACACAGGAGAGAAACCAUUCAAGUGCACUGCAUGUGAGAAGGAAUUUUCAUUGUCAUCAUGUCUUAAAAAACACCAGCAAACACACACAGGAGAAGAACCCUUAAAGUGCACUGUGUGUGGGAAGGCAUUUGCAGAGUCAUCACAUCUUAAAAUACACCAGAGAAUACACACAGGAGAAACACCCUUCAAGUGCACUGUGUGUGGGAAGGUGUUUGCACGUUCAUCACAUCUUAAAAUACACCUGAGAAUACACACAGGAGAAAGACCCUUCAAGUGCCUUGUGUGUGGGAAGGCAUUUGCACAUUCACCACUUCUUAAAGUACACCAGAGAAUACACACAGGAGAAACACCCUUCAAGUGCACUAUGUGUGGGAAGGUGUUUUCACGUUCAUCACAUCUUAAAACACACCAUAGAACACACACAGGAGAAAGACCCUUCAAAUGCACUGUGUGUAGGAAGGCAUUUGCACAUUCAUCACAUCUUAAAAGACACCAGAGAAUACACACAGGAGAAACGCCCUUCAAGUGCACUGUGUGUGGGAAGGCGUUUGCACGUUCAUCAAAUCUUAAUAUACACCAGCGAAUACACACAGGAGAGAAGCCAUUCAAGUGCACUGCAUGUGAGAAGGAAUUUUCACGGUUGUCGUAUCUUAAAAAACACCAGCAAACACACACAGGAGAAGAACCCUUCAAGUGCACUGUGUAUGGGAAGGGUUUUCGACAGUUAGGGGAUCGAAACAAGCAUCAAACCAUUAAUCAGGAAAUUAAUCUGAAAUCGGCUUGUGGAAGUCAAAGUGUUGCAAUGAGUUCAUCCCUCAUGAAACAAGAAUCAGAAAAACAUUUGAGAUACGAAACGUGGCCAGGAGUGAAGGUGAAAUGUCAAGAAGUGAAAAUGAAAUUUGAAUUGGCGAAGGUGAAAAGUGAAGUAACGGUCAAGAGUGAAGAAGUGUUAGUAAAAUGUGAGGAUGAAGAUUCAACUCCAAAAUCCGACCUUCACGUCGAUCGAGGCAGCUUUAAGCUGGAGGAGACUGUGGACUCUGAGGCAGAGCGAGGCAACUCCCAGCAAUUUGUGGAUGUGGAGGUGUGGGUGGAUUUUUUAGGCAAUACUGACAUCUGUACUGAGCAGAUGAAGGCAGCCAGGCAUGGUUUUUGCCACAACACCACCUUCUUCACCGUUCCAGUGCCUGCUAGAUCCUCUGCCGCAUUGCUGUACAGAAUUGGUCAAAUGGAGCGAAGACAAUCAGCGGGAGAGAAACCAUUCAAGUGCACUGUGUGUGGGAAGGCGUUUGUAUAUCCAUCAAAUCUUCAGGUCCACCAGAGAACACACACGGGAGAGAAACCCUUCAAGUGCACUGCGUGUGGGAAGGCGUUUGCAGAGUCAUCAACUCUUAAAAAACACCAGAUAAUACACACAGGAGAAACACCCUUCAAGUGCACUAUGUGUGGGAAAGCGUUUGUACAUUCAUCAAGUCUUAAAAGACACCAGAUAAUACACACAGGAGAAACACCCUUCAAGUGCACUGUGUGUGGAAAGGCAUUUGCAAUGUCAUCACAUCUUAAAAUACACCAGAUAAGUCACACAGGAGAAACACCCUGCAAGUGCACUGUGUGUGUGAAGACCUUUACACAAUCAUCAUAUCUUAAAAUACACCAGAGAAUACACACAGGAGACACACCCUUCAAGUGCACUGUGUGUGGGAAGGAAUUUUCACGUCCAUCACAUCUUAAAACACACAAGAGCAUACACACAGGAGAAAGACCCUUCAAGUGCACUGUGUGUAGGAAGGCGUUUGCAGAUUCAUCACAUCUUAAAAUACACCAGAGAAUACACACAGGAGAAAAGCCCUUCAAGUGCACUGUGUGUGGGAAGGCGUUUACACGUUCAUCAAAUCUUAAAACACACCAGAGCAUACACACAGGAGAAACGCCCUUCAAGUGCACUGUGUGUGGGAAGGCGUUUACACGUUCAUCAAAUCUUAAAACACACCAGAGCAUACACACAGGAGAAACGCCCUUCAAGUGCACUGUGUGUGGGAAGGCGUUUGCACGUUCAUCAUAUCUUAAAACACACCAGAGCAUACACACAGGAGAAACGCCCUUCAAGUGCACUGUGUGUGGGAAGGCGUUUGCACUUUCAUCAUAUCUUAAAACACACCAGAGAAUACACACAGGAGAAACACCCUUCAAGUUCACUGUGUAUGGGAAGGGUUUUCGACAGUUAGGGGAUCGAAACAAGCAUCAAACCAUUCAUCAGGAAAUUAAUCUGAAAUCGGCAUGUGGAAGUCAAAGUGCUGCAAUGAGCCCAUCCCUCAUGAAACAAGAACCUGAAAAACAUUUGAGAUAUGAAACGUGGCCAGGAGUGAAGAUGAAAUGUCAAGAAGCGAAAAUGAAAUUUGAAUCAGCAAAGGUGAAAAGUGAAGUGACGGUAAAGAGUGAAGAAGUGAUGGUGAAAUGUGAGCAUGAAGAUUUUACUCCAAAAUCCGACCUUCACAUCGAUCGAGGCAGCAUUAAGCUGGAGGAGGCUGUGGACUCUGAGGCAGAGCGAGGCAAUGCCCAGCAAUUUGUGGAUGUGGAGGUGUGGGUGGAUUUUUUAGGCAAUACUGAGUCAAAUGGAAACCAAGUUGAUGUGUAUCAUUGAGCUUAAGAUAAAGAAGUUCCAUUUACUUUACAGGCCUUUCCCGUAAUAGAGGUUUUUGGAGUUAGAUCGUGUAAAUAUAUACAUUUGUCGUUAAAACCCACCGCCACCCGACACAGCCAACUUCGAAAUGUUGUCACGUAAACAGAACAUGCCAAUUUGUCACUAGUACAGCACACCUGUGUCUUGGAGAGCCAAACCACAACAUUUACGAUCUGAGUACAAGGUUUCGCCAGUCAUUACAAGCGACAGCCAGAUUUUUGCCUUUCCCAUUAAAAGUGUUUAACCUCCAAGUAGUCAAUAGAGGCAGGGUGAAGCUGGAGGAGGCUGUGGACUGAGUGAAAUGAAACCAAGCAGUUUGUCGAGGUGGACUUGUUGGAAGAUGCAGAGUAGGCGCGGCCAGCAUGUGUGGACUUAGAGGUUGGGUUGAUCUGCAAGCAGGAGCUGGAGACAAAAAAGCUCCACAGCAUUCAACGUGUUAUAAUAAUAUUUAGAUUAAUAAUUUGCGCUUGCAUAAAUGUUUUAUUUCUUUCUCACUGUAUGUAGUCAAUCUUGCUAAUCAAAGGUGAAAUGCUUCAGCAACUUAAAGCGGCUUGGAUCAUUUAAUCUCAAUCGCUCGACGGCUAGCCCAAGUCGCAGCUGUCCCUUUGUGGUACAAGGUGACUCAGUACCGACCUGCACGUGGACAUGAGUCUGCCAGUAGGGUGGAGCGAUGAUUGAUGUGUAACCCCAGUUGGGUAAUUUGUGGCUAAUCUUUUGAAUCUGACAAAUUUUGACUCUGACACCAUGACUGUUGAAUAUCUACUGUUAAGCAGAUGGUGCGUAUUUUUGGUCAAUAUUGCUGCAGUAAUCAUGAGGGCUGCCGACAGCUAUGAACUGUGAACCUCUUUAAACAAAUGUCAACCGUG